GGCCUGUCUAGCCCAAUGCUGCGCUGCCCAUCCCAGAGGCUCCUGGACAGGAUCGUGCGGCGCUAUGCCGAGGUGCCAGACGCUGGCAGCAUCUACAUGGACCACCUCACCGACCGGGACAAACUGCGCCUCCUGUACACGCUGUCAGUGAAUUCACAUCCCAUCUUGUUACAGAUCUUCCCCGACGUGGAGGGAUGGCCCUUCCCGCGGUACCUGGGCUCCUGCGGGCGGCUGGUGGUCAGCGCCAGCACCCGGCCCCUGCGUGACUUCUACGGCGCAGCCCCUGAGGUGGCCGCCGACCUGGCCCUCCAGCUCCUCACCGUCCUCCGCUCCAUGGGCACCAACGACCUCAACUAUUUCUUCUACUUCACCCACGUGGACGCUGGCACCUUCGGCGUGUUUAGCAACGGGCAUCUGUUCAUCCGGGAUGCCAGCACGCUGGGGAUCAUUGACAAGGAGGAAGGAAGCCAGCUGACUGACGGCCAGCAGGAGUAUAAAGAUAUAUUUAGCUGUUUGACUGUGGACUGCCAGUCUGCAUUUGUGUCCUGUAACUCCAUCAGAGAGCAGCACAGCCUCGUCAUGGUGUGUCAAGAGCUUUUGCCUAAGCUCCUGAAGGGAAAAUUCCUGCAACCCGUGCAGGAGAAAAUAGACAGCUUCCUGCAGCACUGCGCCGACGGCCUCGCCGAUGACCAGGGCGUCAACGAGGCGGUUGCAAAGCUGGCAGAGCUCCUGAAACCUCUGCGGUCUUGCGAUUCCCGUUUUGCCUACCGCUACCCUGACUGCAAAUACAGUGACAAAUACUGACAGCUUUGGAGGAGGGGUCCCCCCAGGAAGGACUGGGGCAGCGUCAGCCCCCUGCCAGCAUGGAAGCAAGAAGAAGGAACCAGGGUAGCUGGAAAGAGCUGCACCAAAUCUGGGGCUUCCUCAUGAAGGUGGAGGAGGAGGGAGCAGAGUGCAUGUGGGAUUUAUUGUUCAUCUCCCAGAGAUGCAUUUGUUACAUGGGACGUUAGAUAUGA